CUGCCCCCAAUCGAUACCGUCCUCUUGAGCCACGAGGAUCACAUCGACAAUCUCAAUCCAGAGGACUGCGAGCUCCUAGAUGGUCGCAAAGCCUUCACGACUUCAGACGGUGCAAGGAAUCUCGCACCUCGACCCGGUGUUCUUGCCCUCAAGCCAUGGGCCACCACGGAGGCAUGUAUUGAUGGUACGAGGUUCAAGAUCACUGGCACUCCCUGUCAGCAGAUUCUUGGCGGAGAAGUGACUGGCCUCGUUCUCGAGACAGAGUCAUUUGGAUUCCACUCUUCCGGCCCACCCAACGCUAUCUGGAUCUCUGGCGAAACCAUUUACCUCGAUGAGCUGGUCGAGAUUGGCAGGAAAUGGCACGUCAAGGUUGCCGUGAUCCAUCUUGGAGAUGCUCGUGUGCCCUUGUCUGCAGGCCCUGUACAGAUUGUCAUGGAUAACAAGUCUGCGGUCGAUUUGGUGGGGAUUUAGGAAGAUUGGCACGGAGGUGUUGGCUCUUGUCCACUACGAGUCCUGGCAGCACUUCAAUGGGCUUGAAUCGGAUCUUGAGAAGGUCGUGAAGGAAGAAGAGUUUAAGAAUUUGAGUGAAACAGUUGUCCCCUGGCGUAGCUACGCUU